GGAAAUUGCUGCUGCUUGCACAGACUGUUGACCCGCCUAAAUAAAAUGAACAGUACAGUGCACACACUGGUGACUGCAUCCUCUACAGUCUAUAAUUUGCUUUAAAAAAAAAGGAAUGAAGGACAUACUUGUACUGGUGGUUCUGCUGAGUGCCCAAACUACCAAGGUGUGCUCUCAGCCCUAUAAGGCGGACUCAAAUGGAAACUGCCGCAACUCAACAAGAGAGUACCUGUUAGAGCACUCUAACCUGUGCUGCAAGAAAUGCCGCCCUGGACAGCGACAGAUAAAGGAAUGCUCUGAAACUACAGAGACUGUGUGUAAAGAGUGUGAACGAGGCCAGUACAUGGAGGCCUGGAACUAUGCUAAAAACUGCUUCUCCUGUAACAAAUGCAAACCAAACAAAGGUCUGCAGUAUGUCCAGAACUGCUCCUCUACCACAAAGACCAGGUGUAUGUGCCAGCCUGGGAUGUAUUGCAUAAUGGGAUUUGAUGACCCAUAUUGCUCAGCAUGUAGCAAGUACAAGCUAUGCAAGGCUGGUUAUGGAGUGUCUUUGCCAGGGACGGCAAACUCGGAUGUGAAGUGUGAACAGUGCCCCGAUGGGAUGUUCUCUGACAUACAAUCCUAUACGGACCCGUGUCGGCCUCAUACAAACUGUCAUGGGAAGGCUGUUGUCAGAAAAGGCAAUGCUACCUCAGACACUGUGUGUAAAAACGAGGAUGUUACAUCAACACAGCUUCAAAACACAACAAAAGAGCAUCACACUGGCAUUGUAUUCAUGACUGCAGAUAAAAUGGGGAGCACAGUCUUAGCAGUCUCAGACUCCACACUGUCUGUCAGUCCAUCUGUUUUGAAGGAAGUAUCCAACCCUUCAACGGAGGGCCCAUCACCAAGCAAAGAACCUAGAAAUAAACUGGUAGUAAUUGCUGCCAUUGCCGGAGUCAUUGGAUUAAUUUUGCUUUUCAUCGCUAUCAUUCUGGUGUUUCAUUGUAAAUCAGUCUGGAAGACAGACGCUGCAAAAUUUCAUCCUAAAGUAGAUGCAAAUGGAAACUCUGAGAGUGGUGAUAAACAGAUCAAUCAGGGUUAUUUGGGGGAAACCCAGCUGAUUUCAUUCACAGCUACCUCACCAGAACAACAGUGUUUGCUGGAGAAAGGGGAAGCCUGCAGUGACAACAGUCAGUCUAGUAACAAUACUGAAACUUUAACCAGAACAGAUGGCUGCAGCAGCUACCAGUCCAUCAGUCCUUUGCAAUCCACGGUAGCCCUUAACGAUUCAUGCUCUGCUCUGUCAGAGCCCAUGACUUUGAUUUCCAACACAGAGCCUGUCACACCUCAGCCCAGCGUCCCCUCACAGUCCUCCUCUCAGCCCACCAGCCCGCAGAUCAUCAGCCCCGUGACCACCAAUCCUCAUGUCAACGUCAACAUCACUUUUCACAUAGGAAACGGGUCUGCCGGGACACCAUCUGUCAUGCCCGCAAACUUGAAGGAAGAAGACUGUAAGCUUCCCUUUGGAGAGGAAGAGGAGUCCUUUAGCAGCCCACAGCAAGAAGAAGGCAAACAGUCGCUAAUGUCAGUUCAAGACAGUGAAAGUUACAGUGUAUGAAAAGGCAUCUGCAUGAAAGACUGAUAAACCAAUUUAUUGUUUCUUUUUGUCACUAUGCAACAUUGAAAAUAAUCUGAUGGACAUUUGCUGUAUUUCCUUAUCAAAAUGAUACUACUGUUGCUGUGUUUGUGUUUAUAUGUAUAUACAGAAUACUGUAAAUAAAGUUAUGAAUAUUGUCUCUCCGUUAGUGACAUAGUGCAAGUACCAGUAGUUACACAUUAAAAAGGGGUGUAAAUUAUGACACGUCAUCUGCAAUAAGUAACAAGAGUUAAAAUCUACAUUUUCAUAUCUUUACAAGAGCAUUUAAUUACUGCCCGUCCUCCAACUUAUCUCAUAUAAAAAUAUAUCCCAUAUAUGUUGCAAAAUGUAUUAAAUUCUGUACUUGAUUCAGAACUUACAAAGCUGUGUAAAGUUGUGUUUUUUGUAUGAAAAGAUUCUGGCUACUUUUAUUUUUUCAUACUUGUAAGUGUUAUGUGGCAGAAAUAUUUAGAUAGAUCUUUUACCUAAAUUAGUAUCCAAAAUGUAAAGAAUGAUCUAUUACAGGUCCUACAUUCCUAAUUUCACUUAAAAGUAUAGAUGUAGGCUAUUUUGAGCAAAAUGUACUUACUAUCAAAAGUAAAAGUACCUAUUAAUCAGCAGAAAUGCCACUGUCAAAUUUAUAUUAGAAUUUUGUUAGAUUAUCAUUGCUGGUGCAUUACUGUGUAAGCACCAU